CUAACGGUUCACUCUGUCACACUCUGACAUGUUUUUGUUGUUUGACCGAGAUACACUCCCCAGUACGGAUAUAAAUCUGAAACGGCUAUCAAACGUUUUCCUUGCGGCAAAUCCUUGGCAGCCCUCAGCCGAGACACAUGGUGAGGAAAAUCUUAAUCCACUCAGGCCGAGCAACGGCCACAGAAGGACCUGUGGACAGUAUGGGCCUGCUAUCUAUUCUUCGGAGACUAAAGCAGCCGCCAGAGUGUGAGGUGCGCUUACUGCUGUUAGGGUUGGACAACGCUGGCAAGACCACCCUGCUGAAACAACUGGCAGCUGAAGAUAUCAGCCACAUCACCCCCACACAAGGCUUCAAUAUAAAGAGUGUGCAGUCCUCUGGGUUUAAAUUAAAUGUUUGGGACAUCGGAGGGCAACGCAAAAUUCGUCCGUACUGGAGGAAUUAUUUUGAGAACACGGAUGUGCUGAUCUAUGUGAUUGACAGCUCAGACCGGAAAAGGUUUGAAGAGACAAGUUUGGAACUUGCAGAGUUGCUGGAGGAAGAAAAGCUUGCAGCCGUGCCACUGCUCGUGUUUGCUAACAAGCAGGACUUGAUGACAGCCUCUCCGGCGUCAGAGUUGGCAGAGAGUCUUAACCUGCACACCAUCCGGGAUCGCAUGUGGCAGGUGCAGGCCUGCUCAGCACUCACUGCUGAGGGAGUGCAGGACGGGAUGACCUGGGUUUGCAGAAAUAUAAAGUUUCGGAAGAGAUAACCGGGGAGACAUGAUCAACACAAAGAAGCACUUUAAAUUCGAUCUGAGGAAUAAUUUUGAAUCCCUAUAAUGCAGCAGUGAUUGGCU